UAAUGGGAUCAGUUCUCUCUCCCUAAUGAGUCUUGACAAGCUCCGUGCUUUGGGAAUUACUGUAUUUAGGCCAGUAAAGCUUAGACAAUCUAGGUGGGCUACACAGACAUUUAGAAUACACAUACGAUUAUUUCCUGGUAAGAGGCUAAAAUAGAGUCAUCAGAAUGUAAGUCAUAAUCAACAGCAGGGAAUUGUACCGGGCUUGUCAGCUAUUGUACAGCAAUCACACGGUCCCACAGAGAACAGAAUCUAUGUUGAAACUAUCAGCAAGGUGUCACUGUGCAGAUCAUACUGAAAAGCUUCGUGAAUUAAAAUUCGCAACAACUUCUUCACUCCAGCUCCAGCUGUAACCGGCAACAGACACUCUGUUCUCCUGGAAUCUUAUAAUGAGCUUGCAGAUGUCUCCCCAGAAUGCCUUGCUUUCCAACUCAGCGCAGAUAGGAAUUUUGGCUUCCAUACUUUUCCUCCUUAUUUGCUGGCUCAUACGAGACAGUCUUAUUGUGAAAGACCUGAAUGGAAAGCAUGUCUUCAUAACUGGAUGUGACAGUGGGUUUGGGAACUUGCUGGCUAAACAACUUGACCGAAGAGGAUUCCACGUCAUUGCUGCAUGUCUGACAGAAAAGGGAAGCCAAGAACUCCUGGCCUGCACAUCCCUCUCACUGAAAACUGUGAUACUGAACUUAACUGACUCCAGCAGCAUUGAUAAUGCAGUGGAGUUUGUGAGACAAGAGACAGAUGGCGAAAGCCUCUUUGGCUUGGUAAAUAAUGCUGGAACAGCAACACCAAUGGCACCCACCGACUGGCUGCAGAUUGACGAUUUCCAUGCAAUUCUGGAUGUUAACCUGGUGGGGUUGAUUGAAAUCACCCUGAAGCUCCUGCCGCUUUUGAAAAGGGCUAAUGGAAGAGUGGUCAAUGUUGCCAGUGUUAUGGGACGAUUGGCAUUUUUAGGUGGUGGCUACUGCUUGUCCAAGUGGGGCGUGGAAGCUUUCUCAGACAUCUUACGGAGGGACAUGCAGCAUUUUGGAGUGAAGGUGAGCAUAAUUGAGCCAGGAUGCUUUCAGACUGGAAUAACUAGUUCUGAGGCCAUUGAGAGAGACCUGCUAAGACUUUGGAAUCAAUUAACUCCUGAGGUCAGAGAAUCCUAUGGCGAUCAAUACUUUGUUGAGUAUGUAAAAGCUCAAAGAUUGUCAAUGAAAAGAUUGUGCGACUCUGAUAUUUCUAAAGUCACAAACUGCAUGGAGCAUGCCCUGAUAGCAAAAUACCCCAGGACACGCUAUGGGCCUGGAUGGGAUGCAAAGUUCUUUUGGCUGCCCCUCUCCUAUGCACCAACUCUUCUCUCUGAUACGAUGCUGAGUAUGCUGCUUCCAACUCCAGCAGCCAGUAGAAAAUCAGUAUCCAGAGUUCCACUUGUUUAAUAUUUAGUACCACCAAAGUGGUGACUGGCUGAUUUUGAAAAGAAUUCUUCUCUCUUC